UACACCAUAUGUCGGGCAUUAGCAUCAAGAGAGAGAUCUGCUUUCUUCUUCCUUUUUUUUUAAGAGUUUAAAAUCUAAAGAUAUGGAGGUUCCUCGGUUCCAAGCAUGGGCCGUGGAAGAGGUGAAUUUCCCCUUCCACGAACAUCCUUUGCACCGUUCGGGCGGGUAUGGGCUCAAGUGCCACGGAUGCCGUCAACCAGGUUACACGGAGGACGGCUACCGCUGUUCAGAGUGCUAUGGAAAAUUCUUCAUACACAAGGAGUGUGCGGAGUCGCCUCUUGAGAUCAACCACUCUUGUCAUCCCCAACAUCCUCUCAACCUCGUCGGCUUUCUGGAUUUCAAUCAAUGCCAUUUAUGCCAUGGAGACGUGUGGACUGUGGGCUAUAGAUGCUCUACGUGUGACUUGUGGCUGCACACAAGUUGUUCAAGAAUCCCAACCUCUCAUACUAUCCAAAAGCCGGAGGCUCACGAGCAUUCGCUCACCCUCCUCAUGGAGGUAGGGAAGACGAGGUUCACCUGUCAUGUGUGUGGUCUGCGUUGGGAUGGCAAUUAUUACCGCUAUGCAUGUAAACAACGCGACUUUUUCUGCCACAUCAAAUGUGUCAGCCUCUCACCAGAGAUAAAUCACCUUUCCCACCCUUCCCACCCUCUCCAACUCCUCAAGGACGGCGCACCUCUUUACUCUGAUGGCAAGUGCUGCCUUUGCGGUAAAGCGUCUGAAGAAGGACGGUUCUAUCAUUGUUCCGCCUGCAACUACAGCUUGGAUCUGGACUGCGUAAGGAAUCCGCCGCCACUGACUCAUAUAAGCCCUAAAACCCAUGAGCAUGAACUCACCCUCAUUCCCCGACACCUCUCCUUCACCUGCAAUGCAUGCGGGAAGCAGGGCGAUCGGAAUCCCUAUGUCUGUCUUCAAUGCAAUUUCAUGAUCCACAGAAGUUGUUUCGAGUUACCUCUUCUCAUCAACAUCAAUCGUCACGAUCACCGCAUCUCGCGCACCUAUCUUCUUGGUCUUGGGUUUUCCCGUCAUGAUUGCGCAGUGUGUCAUAAAAAGGUCGAUUGGCCCUACGGAGGCUAUAUUUGUAAUUGUAAGUCAUGCCCUGACUUUAUUGUUCAUGCCGAUUGUGCAACUCGACAGGAUGUGUGGGACGGGAGAGAACUCAUAGGAAAACCUGAAGAGACCGAAGAUAUCGAACCUCCAUUCCGAGUGAUAGACGACAACCUGAUAAACCAUUUCACUCACGAAGAACACAACCUCAGUCUCAACAACAAGGCCCGCGAGGAAGGAAUGAUAGAGUGCAAAGCAUGCAUUCGUCCUGUAUAUUCUGACCCGUUCUACGGUUGCAUGCAAUGCGAUUACGUUCUUCACCAAACAUGCGCCAAUCUUCCUCGGACAAAGCGACAUCCGCUCAGUGCCGAUAAACUUACUCUGGUGGGCGGUGCCACAUACUUUCAAGAUUCUUUCCAAUGUUAUGCUUGUUUGCGACACUCCACUGGUUUCAGGUACCGUAUGAGGCAUACACCGUGGUAUGAUGGAAUGAUAGAUGUAGAAUGCAUUUCCAUUACGGAACCCUUAAAACAUGAUAGUCAUCCCCAUCCCUUAUACUACUAUGAUAAAAAAUACAAAGGGAGACAGUAUUGUGAGGCUUGCGGCGGAUAUUGUCAUAGAGGCUUCAGAUGCAUUAGGGAUGAUUGUGAAUUCUAUCUGGACUACGGCUGCGCAGUGUUGCCGAAGAUGGUGGAGAAACACAAGGUAGACGAUCAUUCACUCUUCCAAUGCUACGGAGAAAAUGCAAAGGGUGAAUAUUGGUGCGAUAUAUGCGAGGAAAAAGUAGAUCCAAAGAGAUGGUUCUACACGUGCGAUCAUUGUUCCACCACUCUGCACAUCAAUUGCGUGCUUGGAGACAUGUUCUCGGGUCACGCCGCGGGAAGCGUAUUCACAUACCUUGAACGAGAAUUCCAAGUGGUGGCAAACAAUGGCAUCUCUCGACCUUACUGUCACGUGUGUAAAUCUCGUUGCAAGGCCUCCUUGAUUCUGAAGACACAUGACGGCACUGGUCUGUUCAUCUGUUCAUAUACUUGUUUUCACAAGUUUAUGUUCACCUAAACAUUUGAACCGAUUGGUUAUGUUUCUAUUCAAUGUUUAGAUAAUUCGUUUGGGGUCAAAUUUAUAUCUUGUUAGAACUCAUUGGUUACAUUAUAUAAACUCACAAAGUCAGAGGUUUUGGCAUUCAA